CAACAAAGACUCGUCCGUCACAUUAACUCCCUUCACAGCCCGUCACCAAAACCCACCCACCUCUUUCUUCGAUAAUACCAGUCUUACCCACCCACGCCAAGUCUCUCCCAUAUCGACACCUUUCUCACUUCGAAGCUUUGAACCCCCACAAAUUUCUACCUUUCCUUCCGUGUUCUUGAUCGGUCAAAAAUCACUGAUCAACCUGUUUGAUUUUUGAUACUGUUGCAGCGUUUUAAAUUGUUUCUGAUUUUGUUGUUUUCAGAAAUCAGAGAGUGUUUUCUAAGCACCGAAACAGAUCAAUCAUGUUUCAGCGAAUGUUCGGAAAGCCUAAGCAGGAAACCAACGCCUUAACAACGUUGGACAAGUUAAACGAGACACUUGAAAUGCUAGAGAAAAAGGAGAAUGUCCUUUUGAAGAAGGCUUCUGCAGAGGUUGAAAAGGCUAAGGAAUUUACUAGAGCAAAGAACAAGAAGGCUGCAAUACAGUGUUUAAAGAAGAAGAAGCUUUACGAACAGCAAAUUGAACAGCUUGGAAAUUUCCAAUUGCGCAUUCAUGAUCAGAUGAUAUUGUUGGAAGGUGCUAAAGCUACAACAGAAACUGUUGAUGCAUUGAGAACUGGAGCAGCUGCCAUGAAGCAAAUGCACAAGGCAACGAAUAUUGAUGAUGUGGACAAAACAAUGGAUGAGAUCAAUGAGCAGACUGAGAACAUGAAACAGAUUCAGGAGGCACUCUCAGCACCCAUUGGUGCAGCAGCUGAUUUUGAUGAGGAUGAAUUGGAAGCCGAACUUGAAGAACUGGAAGGAGCUGAGUUGGAGGAACAGCUUCUUCAGCCUGCUACUACUGCCCCUGCAGCUCCAGUCAAUGUCCCGGCAGGCAGGCAACCAACCCGCCCUGUUGCUCAGAAGAACAAAGCUGAGGAAGAUGAGCUUGCUGCAUUACAGGCAGAGAUGGCACUCUAAGAGUUGGUAUUGCAAAGUGGGUGAAUAUCAUUUAAAGGUUGAAGCUGCUGCAUAAUUGAGGCUUGAGGCUACAUUUCCACAAGAGAAAUCGAGAAAUUCUCCUCAUCUACUGUUUGUGUAUAUGGCUUAAAGUAUAUCAGGUUCUAUCUAUAAUUUGUAGUUUACCUCGUUGUUUUCAGAACAAAUGUGGCAGAUUCCUAUCAAAAAUUAUAUUCUCGUAGGGUUGUGACAUAUUUCAUAUAUUUAAGAAAUAAAUAGUGUGUCAUGGCA